AUGAAGGUGCCGAUUACCCUGAUUGCAAGCUUUGGGCUUCAAGCUGCGACUGCUCUACCCCAGCCUUGUAAUUCAACUUUCCACAACCCCAUUCUGCCCGGAUGGCAUUCUGAUCCCAGCUGCAUCUUUGUCUCGGAAUGGAACAAUACCUUCUUCUGCACGACUUCCUCGUUCUCGGCCUUCCCAGGUUGCCCCGUCUAUGCUAGUACCGAUUUGACCCACUGGGAUCUCGCCAGCAGUGCCCUCAAUCGGCCUGCUCAGCUUCCUCAGAUUCAGACAGCCACAACCUCCCAAACUCUGGGAAUGUUUGCAUCGACACUGCGGUACCAUGACGGAACCUUCUAUCUCCUCACCGCGUGGUUGUACAAACCAAACAACGGGACCCAAUUCGUGCUCUUCACGACCAAAAAUCCCUACGACGACAGUUCGUGGACGGAUGCCCUUCAUGUUGAGAACCCCAAGGGCAGAAUCGAUCCCGAUCUCUUUUGGGACGAUGACGGGAGUGUGGUCAUGGCCUUCUCAGGUGCCCCAAUCGAAGCAGCCUAUAUUGACUUGACCACGGGCAAGGCUGGUGAGCCAUUCGAUAUGUGGAACGGCACCGGCUUCAACAACCAGGAAGGUCCGCAUCUGUAUAAGAAAGAUGACUAUUACUAUUUGCUCAUCGCCGAAGGCGGCACCGCAUUGGAGCACUCCACGACCAUUGCCCGUUCACGGAGCCUGAAGGGCCCAUGGGAGAGCUCCCCACACAAUCCAUUGGUCACGGCCCGAUAUACAGAUCGAUAUUUCCAGACCGUGGGGCAUUCGGAUCUUUUCUCGGAUGCCAACGGGAAUUGGUGGGGAGUUGCGCUGGCCACUCGAGGUGGUCCAAAGCUGUACAACGAAACCAUCCACCCCAUGGACCGAGAGACCGUUUUAUAUCCGGUGAGCUGGCCGAAGGGUGGCUGGCCUGUAGCAGACCCCGUCGAGGGAACAAUGCGCGGUCCGUUGCCCGUCACCCCGUCCGGGGAAAAGCGCUCUCCGCCCACAUUCAUGGGAGAGAAGGACGUCGUGGACUUCCAGCCCGGAUCUUCGAUACCCAAGCAUUGGCUGUUCUGGCGCGCACCUGCCAAACCGGAGUCGUUCACGAUUUCUCCACUGUCUCACCCUAACACUCUCCGUCUGACGGCAUCAAAAGCCAAUAUCACCGGGGACGCAUCAUUCAAAGCUCUGGACGGGUUGACCCUAAUCACCCGCAUCCAGACUAAUACUUUCUUUGAAUUUUCAGUGGACGUGCACCCCGGAUUCGGCAAAGUCGGGGGCGAUGAAGUCGGGGUCAGCGUGUUCGUGCAUCAAGACCACCAUAUUGACCUCGGAAUCCUCGUGCAGGAAGAUGUUGCUAAUUCUUCGCGGAACAUGGUCUUCCGGUGCCGGGCGACCGAUUCCUCUAUUGGCCUCUCUCAGCUUCCUUCGCCGGUGGUCACGCCCGUUCCGGCUGCGUGGUCGAAGUCGCCCAUUCGUCUCUUCAUCAAUGGAAUCAAUACGACACAUUAUGAACUGUCAGCUGCUUCUGCCUCCAAAUCUCACGAGCGCGAGCAUUUGGCGCUUCUACCUGCGUCUUUGGUUGGUGGUCAACUUCUGUUUACUGGCGCUCUGCUCGGAGCUUAUGCAACAACAAAUGGUGGAAACCAUAGCAUGGAAGGAUACAUCAGUAGAUGGCGGUAUACUCCCGAGGCGCAGGAAAUCGGUUAUGGUGAUUAUGUAUGGAACCGAUAA